AUGGGCCUGCACCAGGUGACCCGUCUCUAUUGGUACAUUGUCACGCCUGGCUGCCCGUCUGAGACGGGUGAAUUCACUGAAGGGGCUCACCAAUCUCCGCCCGCUGAAGGUUCUUGUUCCCUGAUUCGCCUACAAACACCUGGUUUCUCACUCCAGACGAGCGGGCCAAAGCCGUACAGCGCAUCGAUGAUGAUCGAAGUCCUGACUGACCCCAAGACAUGGCUCUUCGCCCUCUUCUCGGCUCUAGCAAAUCUAUCACUGAUCCUCGCGUCAUUCGGAUUCACCAAUCUACAGACGACUCUCUUGUCCUGUGUUCCUGGUGUGAUUGCAAUAUUGACAAUCUUGACUGCUGUUAGGCUUGCUAUACGACGGCCGAAUUCCAGAGCAUAUGUUGGUGCUAUGGCCUUCAUCCCAGCGUUGUUGGGAAUCCUGCUAGUCAACCUACUUCCUUGGUCGGAUCGCGUUGGACUUCUUGUCGGCCUGUUCCUGGUCAGUGCAGCUGCGCCUGCAUUUGUACUGUCAUUGUUGUGGCUUAAUACCGUGACUGCUGGCCAUACGAAGAGGGUUGUUACUAGCGCCAUCAUGCUCUCGUCUUACUGCAUUGGCAACGCAGCUGGCCCCUUCAUGUGGAAGUCACAAUAUAAGCCGCGUUACCACGUGCCAUGGGCUGUCAUCGGCGCAUGCUACAUCAUCUGUCCGAUACUUCUCCUUGUCAUCCGUGUUUUUCUCGCACGAGAGAACCGAAUCCGUGACACAGAGCCUCUUGAUGAUAGUGAAGAAGAAUACGUCAUCGAGCGAAUCACAGAGGAUGGGAAGCAUGUAGAAGUCAAGGUCGAGAAGGGGUUCCUGGAUUUGACAGAUAGGCAGAACAGGGACUUCAGAUAUGUUUUGUAACAUUAAGCACGCCCGACUCUUACUGCUAUUCGUACUGCCAAAUGGCAAUUCGUGUUCAUUGAUUCGCACACAACCUAGUUGGUAUCAUGAGAGUGCAUUGUUUAUGUAUUGAUGUGGUAUUAUAUUACACAGGAGACUCCUCACUUCUACGAAUCGUAUUCACUUGUGG